CCUCCGUCUCUGCCUGGGGCGAAGGCUCAAGGAAGUGGCCGCUUUUCCUGCUGGCUGGCUGGCGCUGACGGAGGAAUAGCUCUCGCUGCCCGGCUGCUGCUGGCGGUAAUCACUGAUGUGUGCUGGCUGCUGGGAGCUGCUGCACAGCAGAGCCAUUAGUGCAGCGCAGUGAGACAGAAAACUCGGAAUUACAACUUAAAAAACGCUUCUGCCCUGCAGGAAAAACAAAAUGAAGGAACUAGUGUCAAACAGUACAACCAGUAUUUCUCAAGCCAGGAAAGCUGUGGAGCAAUUAAAAAUGGAAGCAUACAUGGAUAGAAUAAAGGUAUCCAAGGCUGCAGCAGAUUUAUUGGCAUAUUGUGAUGCACACAUUGGAGAAGAUCCCCUUAUUAUUCCUGUACCUGCAUCUGAAAAUCCCUUUAGGGAGAAGAAACUCUUUUGUACUAUCCUUUGAGUCAGUUUUCAAUUAAAAAUGUCAUCUGCUAAAACUUGGUAUCAGUGUUGCAUGCUUUUAGCAUUUUUUUCCUCAGAUGUCAACACUUAGCCCAUAACUACAAUAUUUUUGGAAGGUAGUGCAAUUUUGGCUAUAAAACCCCCCUAAAAUUAAAAAAAAAAAAUUUAAGAAAGAAAAAUUCAAGGCAAUUCUUAUCUUUCAGAACAAUGUACAAGUUUAAUUUCAGUACUUCAUAAACAUUCUUUUGGUCUUAGUGAAAAUACCAAGUACAGUAUCAAAUUGUAGAUAUCUUUGCCAGUAAUCGAUUUUUCUGGGAUCUAAAUGAGUCAUAUCAACUCUUGAAGCUAUUUUUAACAUUCUUAUUUUCUUUGGAAGGUGAAUUCAAUUGAAUUGCCUUUACAAAUUUCUAUCUAAAGAGAGUAGUGUGACCUUUUCCUCAAGUAGCACUAUUUAGGAAAAAGUCCCAGUGAUUUACAAUGUUUAGAGUGAUUGGUCUUAUACAGUAAGUGGUGUCUAUAAAUAUGUUUUCUGAAGACUGUUUUUUCUUGACUACAAAAACAAUCCUAGUAAAGUGCCAUUGUAGCUACCAGCAGAAUGAAGAUGUAUAGUUACACAUCAGGACUGCAUCAAUAAAAAUGUAGAAAAA